GGCUAUUUAUUCCUUUUAUAAGAUUUCAUCUUGUUUUUUCUUCGUUCACAGAAGCGUUGCAUGUGAUGCCACCCGCUUCGAAUGUUAUCACUCGAUUGAAUGGGCGUUAUCAGUGGUUAUCAGCUCAUAGAUAUGGGCCAGAAGGGGCCUGCUGCGCCUACUGGUAGGCUCAGAUGGCUGUUAUCAUCCAUCUACAUGGUUAAUCACCGAUACAAAUACAAGAGACGAUUCCAGAUCCAAUCAGAUCGGAAGUUCACUGGAUGACGCGGCAUCGUUGCGGUAUUUCCCGCCGGUUGAUAUUUUUCAGUAUCGCGAGAGUUUCUCCAUGCGAGUGAACGUUAUGAAGUGAGAUCGCGAGACUUGGCUCAUACGAGUAAACGCCAUCACUGAGAGCAUCAUUCAUCUCUUCUUAUCAUUUUCCCUGUUUAUUCUCAGCAUCAAUUUCCAGUGUGUGGUAAGUUUGUUUUAUUUAUUUCCAUGCUCUAUGUCUGUUGAACAAUCCAAAUUUUGUUUUGGGCUGUUUAGAGAGCCCAUUCACAAAUCUAUCUUGUGCAAGUUUCUCUCUGUUUAUGUUUUAGGUUGAAGAUGGCCCAGAGAGAGAGAACUUGCAUUAAUGACGAACAGAAAGAAACUCUGAAAACAUUUUUUAAAGAUGGCAUGACCCGAGUUGGGUCAGAAUUGAUUCCCAGAGCGGCAUCGGCUACGGGUUUGGACACCAGUGUCAUAGAAAACUGGAUUGGUAAUUACAAAAGGAAAGCUUCUUCUGAGCCUCGGCCAUCAAAGGCCAAAGUACAUGUUAGAGAACUUUCCCCAUAUAAUCUCUUUUGUAGAGACGUACUGUCAAACAAAGGCACAAUGAAUGACAUCAAGGGUAGGUGGGCCACAUUGGGGGAAGAUGCAAAAAAGAAAUACAGUGAAGAGGCAGCAGCACUGAGGGCAUCUGGACAGGCCCUUAGCCCUGAAAUGAGAGAUGCCCGAAUUAAAAUGCACCUGAAGAAGCUAAAGUUAGAGGUGUCUAAGCUUGAGGAUUUGGGUGUGGAGACGGCCAUAUUAUCUUUUGACCGCCAACGUUCCAGCUUAGAAGUAUACGAAGUAAGCAGCAAAGGGGCCACUGAUUUAAAAAGCAUAAUUUUAUAUAUGCUAUGCCUAUUGGGCCUUCAAAGUGCUCUCUAA